AUGUCCACAACCUUCUACUAUCCAGGUGAGAGGAUGAAGUUUCAAUUUAUGUCCACAACCUUCUACUAUCCAGGUGAGAGGAUGAACUUUCAAUUCAUGUCCACAACCUUCUACUAUCCAGGUGAGAGGAUGAACUUUCAAUUCAUGUCCACAACCUUCUACUAUCCAGGUGAGAGGAUGAACUUUCAAUUUAUGUCCACAACCUUCUACUAUCCAGGUGAGAGGAUGAACUUUCAAUUCAUGUCCACAACCUUCUACUAUCCAGGUGAGAGGAUGAACUUUCAAUUUAUGUCCACAACCUUCUACUAUCCAGGUGAGAGGAUGAACUUUCAAUUUAUGUCCACAACCUUCUACUAUCCAGGUGAGAGGAUGAACUUUCAAUUUAUGUCCACAACCUUCUACUAUCCAGGUGAGAGGAUGAACUUUCAAUUUAUGUCCACAACCUUCUACUAUCCAGGUGAGAGGAUGAACUUUCAAUUUAUGUCCACAACCUUCUACUAUCCAGGUGAGAGGAUGAACUUUCAAUUUAUGUCCACAACCUUCUACUAUCCAGAUCAUCAUCAUCAUCAUGCGCGGCACCACAAGUCUCCUCCUCUGCUGGUCCUGCUGGUCCAGAGUCUCCUGGGCACGCCGGUGUGCACCAACCAGUGCUGCCGCUUCGUGGAGAGUUUCCCCAGCCGGCUGAGGAAGCUCCGCCAGGAUUAUUUGCACAUCAGAGACUUUUACGAAGCCAACGACGACCUGGACACGGCGCUGCUCGACCAAAGUGUGGAGGAGUCCUUCAGAACGCCGUUCGCCUGCCACGCCAUGGACGGCAUUCUGGACUUCUAACCUGCGCACGGUGCUGCCCACGCCCUGGCGGGGGUGACGGAGGACACCAAGGAGCUGAAACCUCACAUGGAGUCCAUCCAGCACAUAUUCGACGAGAUGAAGAGGGUGGUCAACAAAUGCCGGAAGUACUUCGCCUGCCAGACGCAGUUUGACGUCAUCAAUCUCAACGCCACGUACAACCAGCUGGAGAGCAAAGGCGUGUACAAGGCCAUGGGCGAGCUGGACGUGCUCUUUAACUACAUCGAAACUUACCUGGCGUCUAAACGCCACAGAAGCCAUUUUGUGUCCUCCUGAAAAGUCCCUUGUUUGUAAAAAUGUGUAUUUGUCUAUUUAUUUGUCAUCAAUAAAUGAAG